AUGGCAUUCGACCUGAAAACAGCACAUUCAAAGGAUGGCACCAAGAUUGCCUUCUACCAGAUCGGCAAGGGCCCAGGGAUCAUCAUUCUGCAUGGCGCGAUGCAGCACGGCCUUAGCCACGUGGACCUCGCCAAAGCACUGUCGGAGAGCUUCACCUGCUAUCUCCCUGACCGGCGCGGACGGGGGAGGUCCGGCGUCACCGGCAAGGACUACUCGGUGCGAAAAGAAGUGGAAGACGUCGAAGCCAUCCAUCUCGUGACGGGCGCAAAGUUCAUUUUCGGCGUCAGCUCAGGUGCACUUAUCACACUGAGUGCGGCACUGGCAGCGCCCGCAUCGCACAUACAGCGGAUUGCGGUGUUUGAACCGCCCUGGCGGCCCGAGUCCGAUCGAGAGGGGAUGAGUGCAUGGGUUCAGAGAUACCAGACCGAGAUCGACCGCGGUGAGCUCGCAAAAGCCGCCGUCACUGCAAUGCUCGGUGCGGAGAUGGGUCCAGCCAUCUUCCGGUCGAGAUACUUCCCGCAAGGUCUUCUGGUGCUCCUUACGAAAGUGAUGAUGGCGUUCGAGAACAAGCCAAGCAGGGAGUCGACUAACGGCGAGUACGCGGAACCGUUGGUCAAGGACCUGAUCCCCACCGUGCGCAACGACUUUGAAAUUGCCAUGUCGAUGCUUGGAGAAGAAACCCUGCAAAAGCUGGCUUCGAUUCAGACAGAGACACUCAUCUUGGGUGGAAGUCGGAGCCAGGCAUACUUGAAGAACUCGGUUCGCGAGCUCGAAAAGAUCCUCCCCAACGCCGCGCGUGUCGAGUUUGAAGGUCUCGAUCACGGCGGGACGUGCAAUAAAGCACAACAUGGCAGUCCGGAAGUAUUCGCCGCAGAGCUCCGUCGAUUCUUUUCUCAAGGCAAUGGCAAACAUGACGCGCAGGAGAACGCCACCCCUCCGUGA